UCUUGUAAAGAUAUUGAAACUUGGUUGGAAAUUGCAGUACAUAUUUGCAUGGAUUGACUUAGGCUGUUGUUGUUCCAAGCUCUCUGUCCCGGGCGGCCGGAUAGAGCUGGCGGAUAAAGCUAACUUCUGCUCAGUCUUUAAUAUACUGCCAUUAAGUUAGCUUUGAUUAGAAAAAAAAAUCCAUAUUAUCAUACCAACUAACACGAUGAAAUUUCAAUUUGGUGCAAAAAUAGCCCUUGUUUGUAACUGGUAUAUCUUUUGAAAUAAAUAGUUUUUCAUGCGUUCAACACUUGAAUCACUCAAGAUUGUGAUAAACAAAAUGUUGCAACUUCAAGUAUGACUACUACAGGAUCAUCAUUACUUAACCUCACUUCAUACGAAACAAACAACUAAUUGAAUCCUUGUAAAAAUUAAAAGAAACAUAUUUGUUCUGCAUAACUAAACCAUUUACACCUGUACCAGCAACAGCAUGUGAAGUUUAAGAACCUACAAAAACUAUAAAUUAAUUUGUACUCUUGUGUUAUGCAGGAUAUCAGCUUCCUGACAAUUUACUCUUGUUAUUUUGUGGGAGACGCCCAGAAGAAAUGGAAACAAACCAACGCAAUGGGAACACAUGCGAAGAUGCCCUACGCAAGUGUGAGGAAGCGCUCGGGGAAAUACACGGGAACAGGUCAGGCAUCAAGACGUCAGAUGCAGAGCUGAAAGUAGCAGAGCACAGGGACUCUGAGGCGGAGGCUAGGCUGUACUUGCGGAGGUUUGUCAACAUACUGAUGGACGCAGCGAACAUGAAGCAGGAGCCGAUGUUUCAGUUCUCGUCCAAGCAGUUUGACGUGCAGAUAUUGAUCACACCCGAGCAGCUGUCUCUGCUCAUGAAGUUUGCCAACAACGAGGGCAGUGUUCCUCUGAGAACUCUCGACGAAAUCUUUACCUCUGGUCUUCACCAGAAAUCUGCCUGGGCGUUGGACAAUGUGCUCCAGUGGCUGGAUUACUUUUGUGGUUGCCUUUCAUUCGUGCAGGUGCAGAGGGUUGGCCUCAUACUGCUUGUGCCACUCACCGCAGUCUUCCUGAUGCUUAAGGGCUACAGCUUUGGCGCGAUAGUGCGCCGAGUUCUUGUCAUGGUGUUUGUGGCAGGGUUUGUCCUCACCUACAAAAGAAUGCAUAAGGCGGCUGAGAUCCGAAGCUACGUGUACGAGAAGCACGGCAAGAUACCGGAACACUGCGGCUUGUCAGAGAACAGCUGGUACCACUGGCUGUUCUCCGACUCUGGCCAGACUCUGAAGGAAUGUCAGCAGUACUACGAGGCGGUCUGGAUGGAUCCAGGCCUGCAGGUGUCUGCAGAGGUUGUGCUAUCUGAGAUGUUGGCUGUGUUCGUGCUGCACCCGUGCGACGUGGCAGCCAGCACGGUCGUCAAGUUCUCUAGCACCAUCCUAGGCGGCCUGCCGUGGGGCACCAACUGGCUGGUGCUGCUGCUGUGUCUGGUGGCGCUGGUGGCGCUGGCAGUGCUGGCCUGUGGAGCGCUCGCGGGCGGGCGGGCCAGCUUCCUCGGGCUGCAAGUACACUUCCACGGGAAGCAGUCGCCCGUCCUGCCCCCUCAGCAAGCUAUCGUGGCGAACUCACCCCCUGAGAGUGGACUUCAGCAGUCGGCUGUUCCUCCUGUGUUCAAUAUCCACAUCAACCUGAGCAGGCGGCAGUCGCUGGGGCGGCAGCCAGGCAGCGCCAUCUCCGGGGAUCAGCUGAGCAGUGCAGAGACUGGCAGUAAGGACUAUGUGGCCGAGGUCAAGGCAAUGGAGGAACCAGAAGAGAACGCACAGGCGACAUUACAAACAUGUAGUAAUGACAAACUCUGUUCCAACCAAGAAACGAGUGAUCAGCUACGGGAAACAUGAUUAAAUUAUCCUCCAGUCUGUGCACUGAAAAACUUGCAUGCAUAAUAUCAUCCUCAUUACAAAUCCAUGCGCUUACUAAUUCAGUAUUUUUAAUUCAAAGAUUAUACCAUAUUUACCCGCGCAUGGAUCGCACAUUUUAUGUUGAUUUUUUGUUAAUAUGUUGUACUGCGAUACAUAUGCGAGUUUUUCAUUUUGGGUAAAAAAAAAUUAACAUUUUUUCAUUGUGGUUGACGACUGUGCUUAAGUAACUAGCCUAUGAUGGUUUUUAAUAAAUAUGUCAUGAGUAAGUACAAAA